CACGUGCCUGCAAACAAUUGGAACAGGAAGUGAUACUGUAGCAUCAAGGAACCCACAAUAAAAUACACAACAAUGAGAUUAUUUAGAUAGUUUCAGGUUUACUUCAGUUGUAAAGAAGCAUCCAAGCUCUCGGAAAUAUACACUCUUUCAGCCAUUGAAGAGAAGAAGGGCCCUGCGGUGGAGGUUUUGUUAACAGGCAAACUUGAGUCGAAGUCGGACCAAGCCCCAAAAUGACUGCAUCUGUGUUUUUCGGGUGUACAUUCAUCGCUUUCGGCCCUGCCAUUGCACUGUUCUUGUUUACUAUUGCCAGGGACCCACUCCGAGUGAUAUUUCUUAUCGCCGGGGCGUUCUUCUGGUUGUGUUCUCUGCUGCUGUCUUCACUAGUGUGGUUCAUCACCGUUCAGAUCAGCAACAAAGAGAGUUCCUCCCAGCAGAAAGGACUGCUCAUAUUCGGGGUGGUGCUCUCCGUGCUGCUGCAGGAGACUUGCCGCUUUGGCUACUACAAGCUGCUGAAGAAGGCAAACGAAGGCUUGCUCAUGUUGAGUGCAGAGGAAACGAUGCCGAUCUCCAUACGGCAACUAGCCUAUGUGUCUGGGCUGGGGUUCGGCUUCAUGAGUGGAGCGUUCUCAAUGGUCAAUAUCCUGGCCGAUUCUGUUGGCCCCGGCACCAUUGGUAUCCAUGGAGACUCCCAACACUACUUCCUGUCCUCAGCUUUCAUGACCAUGGCCAUCGUCCUGCUCCACAUGUUCUGGGGUGUGGUGUUCUUUGAUUCCUGUGAGAAACAACACUGGUGGUCUCUGGCUGUGGUCGUCAUCAGCCACCUCCUCGUCUCCUGUCUGACAUUCCAGAACCCUCAGUACGUGGGCAGCCUGGUUCCCACCUACAUCAUCGUGUUCCUCUUGGGUCUCUGGGCGUUCUUCUGCUCCGGGGGUUCUCUCCGGAACCUUAAACUCUGCCUUACCUGCAAAGACAAGGACUUCCUGUUGGCCAACCACCGGCCCAGAUAACAGAACACCACUAAAGACACACACACACACACACACUGUAUGGGGACGCUAUCCAACAGGACACACACACACACCACACAAACAAAUAAAUAAGUUAAAGACAAACUGGGUCAAUGAUAUGUCUCUCCCCUACCCUCACCAUGUGUUCUGUGUUUGUGGUGCUGGGGACUGGAAAUAGGCUCCAGAGUUGUAGUCCAGAGUAAAUAUUGUUUAAACACCUUUUUAUUUAGUGAAGGGCAGAUCUAUUACACUGCAUUAGUAAUAGAAUAAUCUAGAAGAUCCUUCUUCUGUUACCACUACAUCCUUGGCAGACACUGCUCAGAGCGGUUGAUUAACUGUUGACAGAUGGGGGACGGACUGUGACACACAUUUGAUCUGUGUGGUUUUAAAAUGUAGGGUAUGUAGUUCCUUAACGAGACGGUACCUAUUUGACAUCAGACGGGUCUCUGGAUCUGUGCCUUCUACAGUAAUGAUGAGGUAGCUUAGUGUUUUGGCCCUGUAUCCAUAAAGCAUCUGAGUAGAAGUGCUGAUCUAGGAUCAGACCCCCCCCCAUGUAAUAUUUUCAUUAUAAUCUAGGAUCAGAUCCCCCUCCCUCCCCCAUGUAAUCUUAUUCAUUAUAAUCUAGGAUCAGAAACCGCCCCCAU